AAUGGCGCAGUUUUCCUUGCAUAUUUGUGUUGUGCUCCUGCAAGUCUCCAAAACAGUUUCCGUCCACCUGGUUCAACACCAGUUAUCUGGAAGACCUAUUUAUUGCAAACCUGUAAUUUGUCGGAUAGGAUUUCAGGCGUCAUUCUGCAAAAAGAACAGCACAAGUGACUAUUGUCAUUUGUGCCCUCAAGGCAGCAAGCAGGAUCAAGUUGUUGACUCCGGAAUCGUCCAUUACGAGAAAGACAUUCCAAAAUGCGUUCGUGUAGACAACGCGUGUUUUUUGCCAGAAACAGCACCUGUCUUUGAAAAUGGAAAGGCAGUCCGCUGUUCCUGUGACCUAUCAAGGGGGUUUAUUGGGGAUAACCUAUUCUGCACAAAAGUGAAAAGCUGCGCGCCUGGACUGGAACUUACCAAUACAAGUGGCCGGUGUAUACCAUGUCCACAUGGAACGUACAAAAACACAAGUAACUACGACUUCUGUCAGCCGCACACCAGGUAA